AUGUCGAACGUCUGGAAGCUCGCGUCGGAGGUCAAUGAGUCAAAGCAAAAGACACAAGAUCUAGAGAAGCGCUUUGAUGAGGCGACCCUGGACAGCAGAAGUUAUGUAUCACGGCAAGAACAUGAGAAGACAUUGAAGGACUUGCUUGGCGCCUCUUCUUCCGUGGCCAAAAUGAUUGAGUCGGGUUUGAGUGAGUCUCAUAACGCAUUCGUGACCACAUUCAUGCCUGAUUCCGAUGUGGCUCAAGUGCCCUUCGUGGACCAGUCCGAGCAGUUCGGGAUGCUCGACAACCCGAUUUUGACGAAUAUGUGGCAAUGCAAUGAUACCCAAGAUAGCCCUCUGACUUUAGUUCCCCGCGAAAGAGAUGCAGCUUCCACUCCAUCUCUCCCGAUGCGUAGUUUACCGCGAUGGGUCUUAGGCCAAACCUUUGCCAUGUGGGGUUGUCGUCGUCAACCACCAUGUAUUGAGGAGAAUCUCUAUAGAGCUCGGAGUGCAACAGAGGGCGAGACGUCCGAAGAUGGUUUGUAA